UUGAUAUAUAUAUAUAGGUAAUUUUUCGUUAGCAGUGAGGUUUUGUGAAAAAAACCAUGGAGCGUGACAGCAAAAAGAGAGUAAGAGAAGGAGAUGAAGACCACAACGAUUCUUCUUCUUCUUCUUCUUGUUAUUCUUUUUCAGAGAAGCAUGCGAAGACAAAUUUAGUAGAUCCUAACUGUGGUAUUUUGGACUUCAAAAACAACCUUGAAUACAACAGCAGCGGCAGCACUAGUGGUAAUAGUAGCAGUUAUAAGACAUCAGAUUCGGAUUCCAACUUGGCACUAGGAGUAUUUGAUUUUCCGUGGCUGAAGGAUGGUGUAAUAUCCAAACCAGAGGACUUGAAUUUUGAAGACGCAUUUUCAUCACCACUGGCAGUACUGGAUGUCGACACAUCCACCUUGACCACCAGUAGUACUACUCCUGGACAUGGUAAUUUUUCAUCACCACUGGCAGUACUGGAUGAUCAAUCUUCUUUCUCCGAGCAGUGCUUCUAUCAUGAUCAGACUGAUCAUCCUGAUACCCUACUCCUGGACUUUCCAAAGGACAAGCUUGAGAUAGAUUUGUGGCGACCUCGAGAUCUUAAUCAAGAUGAUGGGUCAAAGACUGAGGCCGGGGAAGAUUGCAUUUGGAGUUCCCUGCUCAAGCAGCCUCUUCAACAACCCAACUAAUUAAGUUUCAAUUGAUCAAUUGUCACUGCAGAAACUAGUUGAGUAUCUAAGAGGCCAACGACUAACAAGCCAGGGAGGGUGAUGUCAUGUCAUGUGUUGCGCCAGAGGCCCUGAUGGGGCUUGAUUAUUAUUCAGUGCUGCUGGCAAUGGCAGCGGCAAUGUAACCGUCUCUUCUGAUGUUCAUUCUCUUCCAGUCUUCAUCUCCUUUCUUCUUUCCUUUUCCUGGUUGUAAUUAUUUGUCCAAUUCAUAGUACGUAUCCAGACCAAUUGGGAAUAAUAAAAAUGGAAACUUUCAAGUUUUUAAACUACAUUUUUUUAAAAUUUGGAAACCAUCAUCAUAUUCUGAUUUAUUUUCAACAUUCCUUUGUGUUGGCUUGGGUUAUAUAUAUUAUGUAAUAAAUGUAUGUUCAAUAAAAGACAAUGUUUUUGUUUUCUUCACUCUUCCAAGGAAACAAAAUGUAAGAAAAUGCACCUAUUUCUCCACAUAUCCGUCGCUCUGCGAGCUCAGAUUCGAAACCAGAACCCACCUACACCAAACCUGCAACCCCCACACCUUGGAUCUGGGAAAUUAAAACCCAGAGACUUCCAAAUUCGAGCUUGAGAAAUCAAACCCAGAAUCUUCGAAGCCAUAGACGUCACAUACACCAAACCGGACCGCCGUCAUCGUCUAAGCAAACUGAAUCUCAGAAAUCAGAGAUUCUAACCACAAUCGUCCUGUAGUUUAUGAAAUGAAAAGGUUCUAUGGAUCCAUAGCGAAUCCGAGAAAGAUGAUGGACAGAAACACCAUCAGUUCUCAGAUCUAAGUGAGACAAGACGUCCUAAGGCAGAUCAGACGGUCUGAAGCAAGGCGAAGCUCUCAUAGUCCCUGAAUCCUGAGAGACUAAAGUAAAACUCCUACCCGUUUCUUGAUAUUGUGUACUUAUCAAAGAUUUUGACUGUAUGUUGAACACGAGGUUCUAAAGGUAUAAAACUGGCUCCCUGCACUAAAUAAAAAUAAAAAUAAAAAUAAAAAAAACAAAAACCAUCUUUGUGUUUCAAUUUUGUGACUCACGUGAUUCCCCCAAAAAUUGAUUAUCUGUAUGCCCUGUAUUUUCAUGUGCCUUACUAAUUGAUACUGUGAUUUAGAAGUACAAAUUUGUAGUAGAUUUAGAAGUAGUAAAUCGCAGUUUCGUAGAGGCAUUUGUUGAUUCAAACAUCACACAUUUGAUUUGUUGUUUUCCAGUUUGCUCGAGUUUAUCCAUUGGAUCAGAAAGACAUGGCCCCUGCCUUUAUCCAUUUGAUGAGAAUUUUGCUUCUGUUAUUACACAAGUUUUUCAAUUUAUCACUUGUUUAUGACUUGUUAUUUAUAUAUAAUGUUUCGUUUGGGAUUAUACAUAUUUUUUUACAGGAUUGAUGGGAAAAUAUUAUGUUGUAGAGGUGUACUUUACCUUCGUGCUAUUUCUCAUCUUUGUAAGUGGUUAAUGUACCAUUGAUAAGUUUGGUUUUAUAUUUGCUUGAAAUAUAUAUAUACAACACUAUUAGAGGUCCUAUUAAUGUUUUGCUCUUAUUAUACAUAAAAUAAUUUUUUUUUUUUUUUAAGAAACUUAUAUUUACUAAAUUUCUUUCUUUUCCAAGAAGAGGAUGAACAUCUACGAUUAUGGUUCCCUGUGUCGAUAUAGAUUUGCUUCCUUGUCUUGUUAAGGUACAUUGGACAUUUAGUUGUACUAAUAGAAAAAUGGUUACUCUUUUUGUCGGAGAAAACGAAACUCUUAUUGUUAUCAGAUAUACAUGAAGCUAAUGAAUUCUCAAUGUUAAUUGAAUGUUUAGGUGGUUAAACUUCACUGAAAAUAUGUGAUCCUUUCCCCUUUUUCAUUUUUCCUUUGGUUUGGACUUCCCAAAGGUGAUUGCAUAAUCCACCGAGCUAGGAAAAAGAGUACAAUCAGUUAUGGGCUGCUAUAUGUAGGAAUGCAUUGAUACAUUGAUAGGAAAAUCUCAUUAUUUUGUUGGUCUUGUAUCUUGAACGAUUGUAAAUAUGUUCUUUAUGAGGAAUAUUUCUGUAGUUUUAUUGUAGACAUUUCAUUUCUACUAUUGGAUUGUUUUUUAUA